GGGAGGCCCCCGCCCCGCCCUGCAAACCGCCAACUGCCCUUGGGGCAACCCCGUGACGUCACUGCCCGGCAGGGAGAGAGAGGAGGGGGGAGGCCAGAGGAGGAGGAAGCAGGGCAGGCACUGAGGUCUGUCUGCCGGCCGGCGGAGGACCCGGCAUGGAGCCCCGCGCCCCCCCGCUCUUCCUCCUCCUCCUCCUCCUCCUCCUCUCCGCCACAGCGCCGGCUACCGAGGAGCAAGGGCAGAAGCGGAGCCGAGGCGGAAGCAACGGAGCUGAGGACCAGGGCCUGGUCUCAGAGUACUUCGCCCAGGCUUCCCAGUCGCUCAUGCCUUACAGCUGGUACGGCAACGCCAAGCUCUUCCGCUUCCAUGUCCCAGAGGAUGCCCUGCUGUUACGGUGGUUGCUGCAGGUCUCCCGCGGGAAGGGCCACCCGUGCAGCGAUUUGGAGGUCUCUAUCUACGUCCGCUUUGGAGCCCCGCCAGUCAUCAACCCGCUGGAUACCCAGUUCCCCGCCAAUGUGAGCGUGCGUCUGGCCCACCGCCUGAGCCUGAGCCUCUCUGCUUCCCGGCAGAACAGCACCUUCCUCAACCUCACCAAUCCUGCUGCAGGCUACUGGUUCCUCGCUGCCCACCUGCCGGAGCCCACCGGGAAGAUUCAUGUGCAGGGUGUCUCCACUCCGUGCUCCUACAUCUUCCAGCCUGACAUGUUUGUGCUGCGUAAGGUGGACAUGCCCGUCCUGCAGCCCAAUGUCUCUCUGCGCCAAACCAUUUGGGCAAACCGACCUCUCCAUGCCAAGGUCUUUGUCCCUGCAUACAGUGCCACGCUGCACUUGAAGCUAGGGGCCUGCACUGUAACCAGUUCCUCUGCCCCUUGUGCCGUACGGGUGGUGCUGGGCUCGGUAGUGCUGUCUGGGUCCAUCAGCUGGAAGGAGUUUAACUGCACAGGGGCCUGCACCCUCCUCCUCGCCUCGCCCCCCUGGGAGAAGUGGCUGCGUGUCACGGUGGACAGCCUUAUUGGCCCCGGGGCCAACAUCUCUCUUGAGGUGACUGCCUCCUUCACAGUCUGCCAGCCAGGGGGGACCAGCUCCUUCCUGAGCUUCUUCCAGAGCCUGAACCGGAGCCAGGAGGUCUCUCAGCCCGGAGGCAGCCCCAGCAAUGCCACAUUGCCGGCCAAUACAGGGGCCCUCGACCCACUUGGCUCCUGCCUGCGGGACCACGCCGUCAUCCGGGAGGACCUGGAUGUAGUCUCGGUGCGCUUCCGGGUCCUGGGUGACGGCAACAUUCCCGUCCAGGCCCAGCUGCCCAGCCUUCUCCUCCUGAAUCUCGAUUCUGCCACAGACAGUGGGGGGACCCUGGUGCUGAACCUGCUGCUGAACAAGACUUCCCUGGGCAUCAGGAACGCCACUGUCUGGGCCUGCCUGAGUGCUGCCUCCCCGGUCCUGUCGCCAAACACAACAGAAGACUGUGUGACAGCAUUCUUCCAAGGCUAUGGGCUGAACGUCAGUGCCUCCUCUCUAGAGGCCUCCCUCGCAGUCCCUUACCCAGAGUCUGACAACUGGUUCAUUUCCCUCCAGCUCAUCUGUCCUGAAUCACCAGGGGAAUGCCUCCAGGCCAAGGCCCAGCUUGCUGUCCUCGCCUACCUCAGUCCCUGCUUCGAUGACUGUGGGAUGUAUGGUGAUUGCAGCCUCUUGAGGCGCCAUAGCUACCUCUAUGCCGGCUGCAAUUGCAAAGCUGGUUGGGGCGGCUGGGGCUGCACCGAUGCCACCAAAGCCCUGAGCCUUGGGGCCCAGACGCUGGCCAUCCUCCUGCUGACGCUCAGCAACCUCUUCUUCUUGCCAGCCAUUGUUGUGGCCAUGCGUCGCUACUACUUGGUGGAAGCCUCUGUCUACACCUUCACCAUGUUCUUCUCCACAUUCUACCAUGCCUGUGACCAACCUGGCGUCGUGGUCUUCUGCAUCAUGGAUUACGACACACUGCAGUACUGUGACUUCCUGGGCUCUGUCGUCUCCUUAUGGGUGACCAUUCUCUGCAUGGCCCGGAUCAAAACAAUACUGAAAUAUGUCCUCUGUGUGCUGGGGACCCUCUUUAUUGCCAUGUCUCUGAACCUGGACCGCAGAGGGGUCUGGAACAUGAUGGGGCCCAGCCUUGUUGCCCUUACCAUCAUGACAAGUGCAUGGGUAUUUCGCUGUGUGAACCGGCGCCACUGCUACCCACCCUCCUGGAGGCGGUGGGCCUUCUUCCUCAUUCCUGGGGUCAGCCUGGCCAUUGUGGGCGGGUCAGUGUAUGCCCUGACGGAGACCACGGAGAACUACUACUACACACACAGUCUGUGGCACAUGUUGGUGGCCACCAGCCUGGUCUUCCUUCUCCCGCCAGGAGAGAAACAGCAAGAGUCCUGGUCCUGGUACCGCAAGCUGUUCUGCCGCUACCAGAUCUGCCAGAAUGACCAGGAUGAGAUGUACACUGCGACGUGACACUCCCGGCUUUCUUGUUAGGAGCUCCCAGC